CAUAUUGUGGAAAUGACAUAUUUUGUAUUGGAUCUCAUUCAAUUGUGCAGGUGUGCCCAAUGAAGUGUCUUGCAUGAAUUUAUUCUCCAGUGUACUGAGAAGUGAUUUCCUCCUCCUCCUCCUCCUCUGGAAGAGUGGAGUAGCGUCAUAGCGCGGUGACGUCACGGGAGCAGCAUCAGCUGUUAGCUGGGUGCAUUUAAGCCUUUUCGCUGCCCAUCGCUGCCCGCACAAAGGACAAAUAUAUGAGAUCCCCUCCAAUCCCUGACAUGGCGACACAGGAGGUUCAGCUCAACGAGACUCUGGCGCAUCUCAAGACGGAGUCGGAGUCGCUCAAGUCGAAGCUGGAGGAGGAAAGAGCCAAGCUGCACGACGUCGAGCUGCACCAAGUGGCAGAGAAGGUGGAGGGCUUGGGUCAGUUUGUCAUGAAGACCCGGAGAACUCUGAAGGGACAUGGCAACAAAGUUCUGUGCAUGGACUGGUGUAAGGACAAGAGGAGGAUUGUCAGCUCCUCACAGGAUGGGAAAGUGAUCGUGUGGGAUGCCUUCACUACCAACAAGGAGCACGCCGUGACAAUGCCUUGCACCUGGGUAAUGGCCUGUGCCUACGCCCCGUCUGGUUGCGCCGUAGCUUGUGGUGGCCUUGACAACAAAUGCUCAGUGUAUCCUCUCUCACUGGACAAAAAUGAGAACCUGGCUGCGAAGAAGAAGUCGGUGGCCAUGCACACCAACUACUUGUCUGCUUGUAGCUUCACCAACUCAGACAUGCAGAUCCUGACUUCCAGCGGUGACGGCACGUGUGCAUUAUGGGAUGUGGAGAGCGGGCAGUUGUUGCAGAGUUUCCAUGGACACGCGGCAGACGUGUUGUGCCUCGACCUGGCCCCCUCUGAGACUGGAAACACGUUUGUGUCAGGAGGCUGCGAUAAGAAGGCCAACGUGUGGGACAUGCGUUCAGGACAGUGCAUUCAGUCAUUUGAAACUCAUGAAUCUGACAUCAAUAGUGUACGUUAUUAUCCCAGUGGAGAUGCAUUUGCGUCUGGUUCAGAUGAUGCCACAUGCCGCCUGUAUGACUUAAGAGCAGACCGAGAAGUAGCUAUCUAUUCCAAAGAGAGCAUCAUUUUUGGAGUGUCCAGUGUUGAUUUCUCUCUCAGUGGACGGCUCCUUUUCGGUGGCUACAACGACUACACCAUUAAUGUUUGGGAUGUACUCAAAGGAACACGGGUGUCAAUUCUGUUCGGACAUGAGAACCGUGUCAGCACAUUGCGGGUGUCCCCCGAUGGGACGGCCUUCUGCACAGGCUCUUGGGACCACACCCUUCGAAUUUGGGCUUAAAGAAGCAGCGCACAGAUGAUUAAUGUCGAACACAAAUACCUUCUGUUUGCUACCGUACAUAACAGAAAUGGACUCUAAGUUUGUGGUUGUACAUAUCAAAAGCAUUGUUUGUACUUCGGCUGUGUUUAAUUUGUGCACUUCCAUAUUUACACUUCAGAAUACUUAGCAGAAAUGUAAUAUGUAUCACUUUUUUAAUUGUGCAUUGCGACCACUCAGGUUGGUCCCUGCCCUUCCACUACGUAGCCAAGAUGGCCAUCAUUAAGGGUAGUUGCGCUGCAUCACUGCACACUCCUUUCUUUGAGGCGUGUUAAGUGCAACAUCCGACCAUGUGGACCUGUUUAUGCACUUAAAAUGUUAAGUGUAAGUAUGGAAGUGUACGAGAAGAAACAAAGCCUUAGUCUCACAGCCAGGUUAGAUGAACAUAUCACUGAAAUCAAUGAGGCCUAUUGAGGUGUUUCCUAGUACACAAUGAUUGGACUUAAAAUUGCACAGCAUAAUAAUAAUUUAAAAUGUAAAAUUUGAUGAAAAAAACACUUGUAGUGAAUAGACUUCUAGGAUAGAAGUGACACAAAGUGAUGUGUUGUAUUCGCCGCGUUAAGGCCAAUAUUAUGAAUUUGUUUUGCACGAAAACGGCUUGUAGUGUUUUGGAAGAAAGUAAAAGAUGAAAUCAAAUAGAUCGGUGUCAUGAAUAUAUAUUCACGUGCAAGCAAGCAAAUUGAUGUCUAUGACCUGCUACCACGACAGGCGCUCAACUGCCAAUAUUGUAUUAAAGCACAUUAAAAUUAAAAUGAUGUAAUAGGAUGUACAUGUUUUCUUUUUUUCAUCU